ACUGGGGUUUAUCGUGCCUUUUUCUCACUCAAGCGUACAUCUUCUGUAACAGUCAAGAAAUACACAAUGAAGGAAAUGCCCCCAGGCAUGCUAACCUACCCUCUUCGGCGACCAGAGGGUCAUCGGCCGCCGGUUCAGCGAUGGCAACUUACCCUCGGCAAAGACGUACAGAAAGUAUUCACAGCAUAUGUCGGCGUACAACCUCAUCGCAGCGCCAUUGAUAAUUCAACAGCAGUAAAACAGGCAACCGAUGCUGUCGAAGCAUGGCUCAGCACAGAUACGGAGGAUAGGCCCCUUUCAACCGAGAGUUUCAAUCAUUUAGAGGGGGAUGAUGCUCCGAAUGCACAUAUCUGGGUCUUAUAUUGGAAUGAUCCUGUCAAAGGAGAAACAAACUUGCAGAAACUUGACUUUACGUCUAUUUACGCCAACCUCGCACCAGAAAAUCGAAUGCUGGUUGGCUUAUGGAGGGAGAGUUUCAAGACACCUAUCUCACGGCUUAAAACAAAUUACUCUGGACUUGACUACCUCCCUGGCCUAGCUAGGCUCCCAGAGACUGGUACCAGAGAGCAUCAACUGUCAGCAUACUGGAGUGCGGCAAGGGAUCGGAUUCCAGCAUCAGCUCAUGAUCUUUUCGAAAAAGACGAAGACGCUGACAUAACAAGACCAGGGGAUAUUCCUGAUGGACUAGGGAAGCACUUGACUGGAACAAAUUACCACAACAUGGUUCAUAUCCGGUCGGGUCAAUUUUGGGAAAUUGUUGUCCCGAAGAGGCAGAGUCGUACGAAACAGAGCUGGAACCAACCUUGAAGGCGGGCUUGGGUUACCUGUGGGAGAAUCGUGAAAAGGGUGGUGCCAUGGGAUUGCGAUUCUUGGGUAACAGAGACACCAAUGGUCACACCAAGAAGGAGACUUGCGGUGCUGGGUUAUUCACGGACCUGAGUUCUUUGGAAGAGUGGUCCAAAAAGCAUCGCUCUCAUCUAGCCAUUUACAUCGGCGCCAUCAAACACGCGAAGACUUGGGGAGAAUCAAGGAAGUUUCGGACCUGGCACGAGGUCUCGGUGCUCAAGAGGGGAGAAGCAACAUUCGAGUACCUGAACUGCUUGCCUGUGACUGGGGUUAUGAGAUUCGUCUCUUUGGAUACUGUUGGAUUCACAGGUGGAAAAGGAAAAUACUCGAGUAUCGUGGGUAGCAACGAUCACCGACUGUAGUGGUGAUAUUGCUUGUUCUUGUUGUUCUUUUGUGGAAGUCUAACCAGGUGCCAGCGGCGGCAGGAAGUCUGGGGUAU